GCGAGCGCGUGCUGGAUGCGUGCCUCACGUCAUCAACCGUUUCCGAAAACAUGCCGUUCAGCCGCUGUCGUUAAAGUCAGCAACACGCUGGCUCGCGUUGAGUAUGUUAUCACUGCAUCUAUCAUACGUGCUCGUAUCCCGAAGACAUAACGAGCGAAGAGUUAAACGUGCGUGUGUGAGUUAGCAGGACUGCUAACGAUAAAGACAUCAAACCCGGACGUGUUCAUUAUCUCUGAGUUGUGGUAUGUGCUUUGCUUUAACUAGGAACAUAAACGGGUUUUCACUCGGUUUUUGCGCGACCAAAGUAAGUGUUUAUGCAGGUUGAGUGAGCACAGUAACCUCACCGAGGUGUCCUGGAGCUAAAAUGGACUUUUAACUCGAGUGUUUUGAAGUAUGGAGCCAUGUUUGAGGUUUGUCUGUCGAGAGAGUCUCAGGAAAGCGUCGAUGAGAUGCUGGACAUGGAGAAGUGCGACGAGCUCAAGAUCACCUUUCAGACGCCCUCUUGCUUCAACAUGUGGAGGAUCACAUCACAGCUCAGUGCUGCUGAGAGCUCAGGGACUCUACCUCUCCUGUCGCCAGAGAGGCACAGAUGCAUCCCAAGCAGCCCUGUCUAGUGUUGCUCCAGUGUUUGUGGUGAUGAAAUUUGAGCCUGAUGGCAAUGUGACCUCAUUUGAAAAGAAGAAGACCGAGUUGUAUCAGGAGCUUGGUUUGCAGGCGAGAGAUCUGAGGUUCCAGCACCUAACAAGUAUUACAGCGAGGAACAAUGCUAUCAUCAUACGCAUGGAGUCCCUCAAGGCUGUGGUGACACCCAAGUGUUUACUGGUGCUGGAUUUCCGUGGUCUGGGUCUGGAGAAAUGGCUGGUGUUAGAACUUGGGCCACAGCUGGCGGGUGAUGGAAAUUUGGCUACUUACUCAUUGCCCUUUGAGUUCAGAGCUCUGGAAGCCAUUCUGCAGCACAGGGUGAAUGUGCUGCAGAUGCGACUGAGUGAAGUUCAGCCUCAGGUUCUGGAUUGUUUGGAAUCGUUGGUCGACCCAAAGCUCCUCUCUGCGGACCGCAGCAAACUCCAUAUGCUCCUGCUUAAUAGCAAGAGCCUCUCAGAGCUGGAGACAGACAUUAGAGUGUUUAAAGACAGUCUGCUGAAGAUCCUGGAUGAGGAUGAACUGAUAGAUGAACUCUGUCUCACCAAAUGGAGUGAUCCACAAGUGUUUGAGGAGAGCAGUCUGGGUAUAGAUCACGCUGAAGAGAUGGAACUGCUGCUGGAGAAUUACUUCAUGCAAGCAGAGGAGCUGGGAAACAAAGCCCGAGAGCUGAAAGACCUCAUCGAUGACUCUGAAAGCGUCAUCUUCAUUAAUCUGGAUAGCCACCGUAAUGUCAUGAUGCGACUGAACCUCCAGCUCACCAUGGGAACCUUCUCGCUCUCUUUAUUUGGUCUGAUGGGUGUGGCUUUUGGAAUGAAUUUAGAAUCUUCUUUUGAAGAGGACCCACGUGUGUUUUGGUUAGUGACAGGGUUCAUGUUCCUGGGCAGUGGACUCAUCUGGAGAAGACUUCUCUCUUUUCUGGGACGGCAUUUAGAACCCAGCUCUCCACCUCCUAUUCCCCCUGUUUGGAAGAAAAACCAAAUUGGCACUUUAAAAGCUACAGACAUUAAACCUGGAGUUAGAUGAUAGUGUGACUGCUGCUUUUUCAAUAUCCCCCCCCCCCUCCUUCUCCAUAUCUUUUAUGCAUAAUGUAUAUUUCAGUAACAUGUGGCACUCACCUCAGUCUAAUUUAAAGUGACAUUUAUCUAUUCAGGUGUAUCAUGUAGACAGUUUUUAUUUUGCUAUGUGAUAUUUGUCUUGAGGUUUUGGAACAAUCUCUGUAUUUAUUGUAAAUAUCAUUGACAUAGUGAAAUACAUAAAAAUACCUUUUAUUGACUAAAGACAAAAUUAUCUGCCACUAACUCAGUUUCCCUGGUUACCCUUAAAACCCUGUUUAUGAAUAUAUAACUUUGAUAAAACAUUAAUUUGUUGUGAGCUCUUUAUUUUAGGCAUCUAAAAUAAAACAUUUGAUGUUUUUGAGUACUAAUGCACUUGUGUAUACAUUAUUCAAACUGAGUUGUUAUUAAAAUACUUGGAAUCUCUUA